UUCCGCAGUUGGAAAUAAUCAUUUGAAAAAGAAGUGUGAAGGCAACGCGAAAAAUUGAUAAUUUUGGAAAAAAAUUCGUCUAAGCGAGCAAACUCUAACAAACCUAUCAGGUUUGGUGUGGUGUAGAAAAAUAAAAAUAAAACCAAAAAGAGCCGUGAAAAUAACGACAAUUAUGCAGCAUACGAUAUUAAAAUGUGUUGCAUCGGGUUUUUUGGGCAUAGCUGUUGGCGUGGCUUCGAUCAGUGAAUUGAAAGCGAAAGAUAAAGGGAAAAUUCCGACGGAAAAGCGGAAAAACUAUUUGAAAUGGGAAGAUUACUUCAUGAGUGUUGCCCUUAUUUCUGCGCAACGGAGUAAGGAUCCAGUUACGCAAGUCGGUGCUUGCAUUGUGAACGAAGAUAAACGAAUUAUUGGUGUCGGUUACAAUGGAUUUCCAAUCGGGUGCAGUGAUGAUUUAUUUCCAUGGAGCAAAAGUACAAAAGAUCCAAUCGAUUCGAAACACAUGUACGUAGUACAUGCUGAGGAAAAUGCUAUCAUAAAUCGAUUUUCAGCUGAUUUAAAAAAUAGCACAAUUUAUGUGUCGUUGUUCCCAUGCAAUCGCUGUGCUCAAAUCAUCAUUCAAUCUGGAAUCAAAAAAAUCGUCUACAUGUCAGAUAAAAAAUCGCACACGAUUGAGGUGGAAGCAUCGAAACGUAUGUUGGAUGCAGCUAGCGUGGAAUAUAAUCAAUAUCAACCGACAUGCAAGGGAUUACGGUUAGAUUUCACAGAUUUUGAUAAUCAACAAAUUGCUAGACAAAUUGAGCAAUGAUAGAAUAACUGAUCAAGAUGAAUUCAAAAAUAAGUCCUACAUUGUUUGAUAUUUUACUUAUUUGUAUUGAUCACUUUAAUAUAAAACACGUUGCAUUUUUGAAUUGAACCAAAUCCAACUUUUUUUUAUAUAUCUGUUGAAAAUAUGAGUUUAGUCUCUUCAAAAACUAGGAAACAUGUUCAAAACAAAUUGACCAAAUUAAUAUAUUUUCAUUGAGUUUAUUGAACGUUCCAAAAACUGUACCUUUGUAA